GACCUACUAAUGAUCAAAUUCAUUAAAUUAAAUGAUAUUUCAAAUUAGAUCAAAUUCUACGUAUGAUCAGAAGUAUUUUGUCUACGAUGAGAGAGAGAGGAAGGACAAGAGCUUGGGAUCAGAAAAGCAGAUAUCAAACAUGGGAUGGUCGGACAGCGCUGGACAGAGAGGCGGCGCGACUACAAGGGAGAAGCAGCUACACAAGGAGAUCAGAUACAGGAGGAUACGUGGGACAUCGCAGGCAGCAGAAGACGAUGGGAGAUUGGGGUUACGAUAAGGGGGUGUACAGACAGGCAACAGCCUUCUUCUUCACUAAUUUCCCUGAGGAGUGGAGUUACACAGAUAUGUGGUCAACCUUUCGCAGGUUCGGAAGAGUGAUAGCAAUUUACAACCCAUUGAAAAGAAAUAAGAGUGGGAGCAGAUUCGGCUUUGUCAGGUUCUUGGAUGUCAAGAACGAAAAGGAGCUGGAGAGACAACUAGAUCAGAUCCGGAUUGAAGGUAGGAAAAUAUGGGUGAAUGUGGCUAAGUAUCCAGAGGAAAAAGUAGCAGUGAAGGAGAUAAACAAAACCGCACCCAUAGGUAACACUAUCCAGAACAGAUCGUAUGCUGAAGUAGCUGGCGGGCAUGUAGGAGUGAAGGAAAGGAAAACAGAGGGUAUUCAAAUUCCACCACAACUACGAGACGUUCAAAGGAACCACAGGAAAUCAGAAGGAAACGGGCAGCCGGUGAGGAGACAGACAUGGAGAGUGAAAAGUAGAAGAGAGGAAUGGUCCGGCUUUGAGUAUGAAGUUAAAGACGAAGAUUUUGAGUGGUUGCAGGGGUGUUAUGUCGGGAUAGCCCACUCUGUGGAAAUUGUUCCAAAUCUGCAGGAAAAGUUCUACAUGGAAGGCUAUUUCACAUGCCGGCUACGUGCUAUGGGAGGCAAGUUGGUUCUCAUGGAUUGUGAGGACAAGGGAGAACUUGUAGACUUAGUGCAGGGUGCAUCAGAUUGGUUAGGCCAGUGGUUUUCAGAGGUGAAGCCUUGGUCUCCAAAAGAGGUGGCAAAAGAGAGAUUUGCAUGGUUAAGAUGCCAGGGAGCUCCACUACACGCAUGGGGUCCAGAUUUCUUUGAGAGAAUGUCAUCAACUUGGGGCAAGUUUAUUUGUUUGGACGAUAGCACAAGCAAUAAGAGGAGAUUUGAUAUAGCAAGAUUCCUCAUCUCAACGCCAAUCAUGGACUCAAUCUCAGUUAGGAGGCAAAUCAAAGUGAAUGGGGAAUUAUUCAGUUUAAAAUUCUCCGAAGAGGAAUGGUCCAAUAGCCUCUUCUCACUGAAACAGGACUUCAUCCCAAAGUUUGCGAGUGACUCGGAGAUUGAAGAACAUUGGUCUGAAGUAAGCGAUUGGGCCGAAGGACAGUCUGGUGGUAACCACGAUGGUGAAUGGGAACCUUCAGCCGGAGAAGAUGAGGACAGAGAGGAUGGCUGGGAUGGCAGCUGGAGGCACAAAGGGUUGGUAGAUACCCCGGAUCUCGAGGAGAGGUUUGAAUCAAUAGAAAAGAGUUAUGUUGGGGAACGUUACAAAGAGACUGACAAGAGAUCAUUGAGCCGGAUUGCAGAAGAGGAGUCGGUGGCAAUGGUAGCUGAUAGCAUUAAUGUGGGAGAAGAUUUGUCAGAAGCAAGUGGCAGAGAUGACGGCGAGAAACUUGAAUCAAAUUCAAAUUGCAAGGACCAGUCAACUACAGACCCUAUUGAAAGCCCAGGAAGUAAUGAAGCGGAUUUGCAGGCUAACCCGGGCCAGUACCUCAGUGUAGCUGGCGCCUCGGGCAAAGAAGAUAGGGCCUGUAAGGCCUCAAAUGUCAACCACCAAACGGGCCGCAAAAUGAGUCCAACUGGUGAAGGCCGAACAGAGAAGGCAUGUGAUGCAGAUAGAAGUUCGGAUAAAACACAUUGGGCCCAAGGAGUUAUAGGCGACAAUAGUCAAAAGGGCUCAAAAACGAGAUUAGCAGAUGAAGGUCUCAAUAAGCAGUCACACGGGUUAGAAAGGCAAACAGAGGAAGGAAACAAUGCAGAAGUUUCAUCAACACGCAGGACAAGCCAGCGGAGUGAGGAAGGAACGGAGAGGGCGAAGAUGGACAAGAAGAAGGACAAGAAACGGAGAGAAGAGAAGACAAGGAGCAGGAAGAGAGCAAAACUGUGCAGAUCUGUGUACCAAAGAGCUAGCCUCCUAGGAAUGAUGAACCAGAAGGAAAGGGGCAGAGGCAAAGUCAAACCGAGACAGGCUGUGACAGAACCAGAGGGCAUUCCGGAGUUCAUUGCUUGCACCAGCAAUUCAAUAGCAGGGGGGUCACUGGGAGAUAGCGGAAUUGAGAACCGCAACAGACUACUGGUGGGUCAAUCAAACCGGAAAUUGGCAGAGCAACUUUGGGAUUUUGCUAAAAAGAUAGGGGUAACAGCAGAGAACGAGGAGUCAGUUGUGAGAAGCCUUGAGGAGAUGGAAGAAAGAGACAGGAAAGUUAAGGAAGCCGAGACAUCAAAGAAUGCAUGCAAGGCUCAGAAGGAGUUUGAUUGGGUUGCUAAAGGCUCAGUAGGAAGGUCAGGAGGGUUAUUGUGUUUAUGGGACCAGAAAGCUUUUACCAAGAUUCGGGUGUUAGAGGGAGAAAACUUCUUAGGAAUGGAAGGGAUGUGGAAGCCAGAAAAUAUUCCCAUUAUCAUUAUCAAUGUCUAUUCUCCAUGUCAUCUAGCAGGGAAAAGGGCAUUAUGGGAGGAGCUAAAAAAUUUAGUAUCAGGGAAUGGAGGAAUCAUCUGUCUGGUGGGUGACUUUAACACAGUUAGGAGAGCAGAGGAAAGGAAGGGCUGUAGAGGAGUAACGUCAGAAAUGAGGGAAUUUGACAGUUUUAUCCAUGAAACGGAACUGAUAGAUCUACCACUUCAUGGCAGAAAGUAUACAUGGUAUCAGACUAAUGGCAACUCAAUGAGCAGAAUCAACAGAUUCCUACUGUCUGGGGGAUGGUUAGAAAAGUGGGAUGAGGUCAGACAAUGGGGAUUAAGUAGGGUAGUCUCUGAUCACUGUCCACUGUUGCUUAAACAUAAAAAAGUAGACUGGGGUCCUAAGCCCUUUAAGUUUUUUGAUGCAUGGCUUGAGCAGGAGGGAUGUAAAGAGCUGAUAAAGGAAGUCUGGAGUAAUACUAACAUCCAAGGUUGGGCAGGAUUUCGGCUUAAAGAAAAGUUGAAGAUGACAAAGGAGGCCUUAAAGAAGUGGAGUAAAAAUCUCCUCCCUGAAGUUGACAGUAAAAUGAACAUGGCUGCGACAGUGAUUGACCAAGUGGAUUUGAAGGGGGAGAGAGUUCAACUAUCAGAAGAAGACAUCAAAAGCAGAAGGGAUGCUACCCUAACCUUAUGGAAAAACAUUAGAAUUAAAGAAAGCAUGUUACACCAAAAAGCAAGGAAGAUGUGGUUGCUUAAGGGGGACGCCAAUACAAAAUUUUUUCAUAAUUGUGUGAAGGGCAGAUGGAGAAGGAGUGAAAUAAAUAGUAUAGUUAUUAGAGGAGCACAGAUCCAAGAAGUGAGUAGAUUGAAAGAGGAGAUAGCAGCAUUUUAUGAAAAUUUGUUCAAAGAGGAGCAAGGUGAGCGCCCAAAAUUGGAAGGGGUUUGUUUCAAGCAGGUGCAACCCGAAGAUAAUAGACAGCUCACCGAGGCUUUUACUGCUGACAAGAUUAAGGCAGCAAUAUGGGAAUGCGACAGCUCGAAAGCGCCGGGACCCGACGGGUUUAAUUUCAGGUUUGUUAAGAGUGAGUGGGAAGUAAUCAAGGAGGAUGUCAUUGAUUUCCUACAAGAGUUCCACAAAAACAGCAAAAUGGUGCGGGGUUUGAACUCCUCUUUUAUUGUCCUAGUGCCAAAGGUGGACAACCAGCAGAAGAUCGAGGAGUACAGACCUAUCUCGCUCAUCGGCGUUAUCUACAAAAUCUUGGCCAAGGUACUUGCUAAUAGGUUAAAGAAGGUACUUGAAAGGCUAAUUGGCAAGCAACAGAUGGCAUUCAUCAGCGGUAGGCAGCUAAUGGAUGGAGUAGUUACUGCAAACGAGCUGGUCGAUGAAGCAAAGAAGAGAAAGAAGAGUACUUUUUUGCUUAAAAUUGAUUUUGAAAAGGCGUAUGACAAGGUCAGUUGGAGCUUUCUUGACUAUAUGAUGCUGAGAAUGGGGUUUUGCACCACUUGGAGGAAAUGGAUCAGGGAGUGUCUUAAAACGAGCUCAGUGUCAGUUCUAGUAAACGGGAGCUCGACAAGGCAAUUUUCAGUGUCUAGGGGACUAAGGCAAGGGGAUCCCUUAUCCCCCUUUUUGUUUUUACUUGCGGCAGAAGGGCUGAACGGACUGGUUAGUACGGCAGCGCAGAAGGGUUUAAUACAUGGAGUGGAGGUGGGCCCUCGAAACCUCAAAAUUUCACACCUCCAAUACGCUGAUGACACGAUAUUGUUCGGUGCAACCACAGAGGAAAAUGUGUGGGCAAUGAAAGGAAUAUUGAGGGCUUUCGAGCUAUGCUCUGGUCUGAAAAUCAAUUGCCAUAAGAGUCAAUUAUUAGGUAUCUGUGUGGGGGAAGAUUGGCUGGAUAAAAUGGCGUGGAUUUUGUGCUGCAAAAAAGGAACGUUCCCAUUCAAGUACCUGGGAAUCCCCAAAGGAGGAAAUUGCAGAAGACUUGGGUUCUGGAAACCUUUGGUAGAUUUGUUCUCCAAGAAAUUAACCACUUGGAAGGCUAACUACUUGUCUCUUGGGGGCCGACUCACUCUUAUCAACUCAGUGCUGUCCAGCCUCCCGGUCUUUUGGAUGUCGGUGUAUGUGAUGCCAAAAGGUACGAUCCGUACUCUUGACAAAAUCCGUAGGAAUUUUCUGUGGGGCGGCUUUAAAGGGGGGAAUAGGAUAAAUUGGGUGAAAUGGGAUAAGGUCUGCAUGGAUAAAGAAAAAGGAGGACUAGGAGUAAAAGAUUUGGGGAAACUUAAUUAUGCUUUGGUAGGUAAAUGGUGGGGGAGGAUAGUGUCGGAGGAAAGAGGUCUGUGGAAGAAGGUCAUAUGUGAAAAGCUAGAUACUACAGCAGUGGAGAAACAGGGAUGGCUAGCCAAUGGGUUUACAAUAAAAGUGGGGGGAGGAGAGACGGUCAAAUUCUGGUGGGACAUAUGGAAUGGGGGGGAGAGCAUUGCCAACAAAUUUCUGAGAUUAUAUGCUCUGUCAACAGGUAAAGAUAACAAAAUUUCCCAGAUGGGGGAGUGGGUGAAUGGAGCAUGGAAAUGGAAAUUACAAUGGAGGAGGAGCUUGUUUACUUGGGAGAAACAGCAAGAAGAAGAUCUGCAGAGGGAGCUUCAAAGAAACCCAAUGGUGAGAGGUGAGCCGGACCGAUGCUUGUGGGUACACUCAAAGGAUGGCUGCUACUCCACGAGAACAGCCUAUCAAGUAUUAACUGAAGCACAAAGUUCAGGCCAUCACAGAGCAGACUUAAGCAAAGUCUGGAACGUUUUCAUCCCUAAUAAAGUAGCAGCCUUCUCUUGGCAAUUAGUGCAGGACAAAGCUCCAACAAAACUUAACCUUUUGAAACGAGGGAUUCUCCAAAACAUUUCAGAGUGCAUGUGCGAUCUAUGUGGCAGGGAGUAUGAAGAAUCCAACCAUUUAUUUAUUCAUUGCAUAGUAGCAUAUAGACUUUGGACAGCUUGCUUCAGGUGGUGGGGAUUAUCUACCACUUUAGAUAAGGAUUGCUGCAGGGUAUUUGAACAGCACCCUCAUUUGGUAAAUAAGCCAGGGGUGAAGAAGGGAUGGGAUUGUAUCUGGUUCACUUUGGUUUGGACAAUAUGGUUAGCACGGAAUGAGAGAACAUUUAGAGGGAAGGAGGCAGACAUAGAUAGACUUUUCGAGCUCAUACAACUCCGCUCUUAUCACUGGAUAAAGAACAAGAGCAACAGGUGCUACUUCUUGUUUCCCGACUGGAUACAAAAUCCAUCAGAAUGCUUGAGGAUCAACAGUGGCAGCAGGAAGGAGGAGGGUAGACUGCUGAAUACCAGGUAGAAAUCCUUAAUACCUGCAGAAUGUGUUGAGUCUGUGGGUUGACUGUAUUUUGUAGGAUAUGUGCUUAGUAUAAUCUCGAUAUUGUUGUUACGGGUUUGAGUACCCCUUGUACUCACAGCAAUAUAUAUCCUUUAACUUU